AUGGCUGCUACAAAACAGCUACUUGUAAGGAAAGAAAAUGAAGAGUUACGAAAUGAUAUUAGCGAAUUACAGAAAAAGCUAGAUAAAAUCACUGAAGAAAUGUCAAAGAUAAAUGAUAAAACCGAUCAAAUUGAGGGCAGCCAUGUUGCGAAGGACCGAGAAAAGUCUAUACAGUUUGUAAGCGAGCAAUAUGACGAGAUUGUCUCGUUCAAAAACAAUACGAAAACGGAACUUAAAUAUAUAAAAUCGCAAGUCGAAAUCAUAUCCACAAAAUGUGAUAAGAUUGCGAAAGCCGUUGACCUGCUGGAAGCUAGAUUACAGUUAUCUGUAUAA